CAACAGAUACACCCGAGCCUGAGCCUGGGCCAGGCCACAACGGUGGAGCUCUUCCUGACGGUGCAGUUUGUGCUCUGCAUCUUUGCUACCUACGACGAGCGGCGCAAUGGGCGCGUGGGCUCCGUGGCCCUGGCUGUGGGGCUCUCACUCACCCUAGGCCACCUUUUUGGGAUGUACUACACAGGCGCCGGCAUGAACCCUGCGCGCUCCUUCGCGCCUGCCAUCCUUACUCGCAACUUCACCAACCACUGGGUGUACUGGGUGGGCCCAGUGAUUGGCGGCGCUGUGGGCGGCCUGCUCUACGACUUCGUCCUGUUCCCGCGCCCGCGGGGCAUGGCCGAGCGCCUGGCCAUCCUCAAGGGCGAGAAACCCGCGGAGGCCGACUCGCCCCCGGAGCCACCCGGGGAGCCCCUGGAGCUGAAGACGCAGGCGCUGUGAGCUGCACCCAAGCAGUGCCCCACGCACACACCUGCCCCCCGCCUGGAGGGGGCCCAGCCUGGGCCCUGGAGGA